AAUAUCAAGUAUUAAAUUAUUAAUAUUAAAUUUAAUUUUAAUUUGCACUAUUAGAAUUAUUAAAGAUUAAAAUAUCACCUUAAUAAGUGUCAAAAAAUAAAUAAAACUAUGAGACAGGGGAUUACUUUUUUAGCUAUAGCUGAAUCAAAUCAGAAUAUAUAAAAUAAAAUCAUAUUUUGAUUUUAUUUUACACAUUAAGGAAUUAAAAAUCAUCCAAUAAAUAAUACUCAUCCUCCUCCAACUUUCUGUCCUCUAUAUACAACUAACUAAAUUUUUUUCCCCAAUCCCAAACAUGCCAUUAACUCAUCUUUCCGAUCUUCAAUUUACCCUUCUUUUCUCUUUCCUAAUCAUCACUCCCACCAGAUCACACUUCACCACGUCAUCCAUCCAACUCCCAUCAACUCCCCCUUCUUUUUCCGUCACAGACUUCGGCGCCGUCGCCGACGGCCGUCAAUACGACACAAAACCAAUACAAUCAGCGAUCGACGCGUGUCCUAGUCCAAAAACAUGCCACGUGGUGUUCCCAUCACCUGGGACCUACCUAACAGCCACAAUCCACCUCAAAUCCGGCGUCGUUUUAGUGGUGGAAGAAGGGGCGGUUAUUUUAGGAGGAACGAAACAGGAAGAUUAUCCGACAGAGUAUGAGAGAUGGUAUGUUGUGUUGGCGGAGCAGGCUGAUAACGUGGGGAUAACUGGUGGAGGGGAAAUCAACGGUCAAGGAUUAGAGUUUGUGAUGAGAUAUGAUGAAAGGAAAAAUGUGAUGGUGAGUUGGAAUCAUACUGGGGCUUGUUUAGGGGAUGAGUGCAGGCCUAGACUUGUGGGAUUUAUUGCUUGCACAAAUGUUACUAUUUCUAAUAUCAACCUCAUUGAGCCUGCUUAUUGGUGCUUGCACAUAGUGGAGUGUAACAACACAUAUAUCCAUGACAUAUCCAUAUAUGGGAACUUCAACUCACCAAACAAUGAUGGAAUUGACAUUACAGAUUCUAAUAACACAUUCAUCACUCACUGCCAUAUUGAUACUGGAGAUGAUGCUAUUUGUCCCAAGACAUAUACAACACCUCUUUAUAACUUAACUGUUAAAGAUUGUUGGAUCAGAACCAAAUCAUCAGCUAUCAAGCUUGGUAGUGCUAGUUAUUUCGAUUUCGUGCACUUAUGGUUCGAAAACAUCACCAUCUUUCAGUCUCAUAGAGGGCUUGGAUUUCAAAUUCGCGAUGGAGGGAAUGCCAAAGACAUUACCUUCUCUAACAUAAACAUCAGUACUAGAUUCUACUAUCCAUCAUGGUGGGGAAGAGCAGAGCCGAUCUACAUAACAAGCUGCCCACGAUACGCAGAUUCGAAUGAAGGGUCAAUCUCAAACAUUCAGCUGAUCAAUAUUACAUCAGUUUCGGAAAAUGGCGUGUUUUUAUCAGGCUGUAAAGGUGGGCUUAUACGGAAUCUGAUAUUCAGCAAUGUCGAUCUCAGUUUCAGAAGAUGGACAAAUUAUGUUGGCGGAUUGGUCGAUUAUAGGCCGGGAUGUUCAGGGCUUGUUAAUCAUAGCAUGGCUGGGAUGAUUAUGGAGUAUGUAGAUGGUUUAGUACUUCAAAAUGUGAGCAUGAAAUGGUCUCAAAAUGGAUCAGUUGGAUGGGAUAGACCCUUGGAUUUCAGGGCUUCAACUGUGAAUAACAUUACCAUUACUGAUUUUCAUUCUGGUUCCUUUUCUGAUCAAUAGAUACAAUUCUGCACAAUUUUUGUGACAUUACUUGCACUACGACACUGGCAUAGGGUGGGUUGAACACCUUUCUCUAUACGUGUGCUUCAACGAGUUUGUUGUUAUUCUUCUGUUUAUGUAUACACAGUUUAAUGUUAGUUAAUCGAAUGACUCGGGUCUAGUCGUCUAGAUUCAUGCUAACCUAAUGAAUAUCAUCUUACUCGGGUCAUAUAUCUUAUCAAACUCUCUCGAUGUCAUCAAUAAUCAUUAUUCAAUUGCAUUUACUGUCACCUGCAAUCUAAAUCAAAAUUAGAGUGUCAACCUCGAAAAGGCCAAGUGGGGUCAACUCAAUAAUAAUUAAUUUAACUUUUUAUCUACCACGUAGAUAAGUUGAGAUCUUGGAGUCACUAUUCAGAUUAAAAUUUUUUUUAUUUACUAUAUAAAAAAGUCGAAAAAUUGGAGUUAUAACAUAAAAUUUCCACUAGAAAACUAUUAAAUUUUAACUCUUUAAUAAAAAAAUAAAAAAUAAACACUAAUUUUCUAUAGAGGCGUCUUUCUAUGAGACAACCUCAAUUGGGUCAACCUAAUCUCUCUGAAACAAACUGCUUUAUUUACAAGUAUAAAUUCAAAUUUUAUUAUUUUAUUUUUAUUUUUUAAUAAUAAGGUGCUUGUACGAGUUCCUCUCACGGUAAUAGAUCUCAUACAAGACUUGUUGAAAAAUAAAAGGUUUGUCUUCAUCAGACUUCAGUACUUCACUGAACAAACGACACCGUAUUAAAAAAUCAAUAACCAUGAACCAAGAAAACACCUAGAAAAAUUACAUCUCACUUCUUUCAUCACUCCGAUUCCAUUCCAACGCAAAAAAUGGUGGCGAACCCCAAACCCUUAGCCACAGCCGGCGGGACAAUCCGAUCCAGAUUAAGUCAAGCCCUCCGAACCCGCGGCGGCGGAAGCUCCGGCAGAUGGACAAGUCCGGGUCACCAAGACCGACCCAACGGGUACCUCUUCAACCGAACUCCACCUCCGCCGGGUCAAUCUCGCAAAUGGGAAGAUUGGGAAUUACCUUGCUACAUCACCAGUUUCCUCACCAUUGUUAUCCUUGGUGUAGGGCUCAAUGCUAAGCCCGAUCUUACUCUCGAGACUUGGGCCCAUGAGAAAGCCCUUGAACGCCUCCAGGCCGAGCAGAUUGACUCCUCUGAGUAACUUCGAACCCCUUUAAACUAUUCUCUAUUCUUGUUUUAUAAUCGGAUAUUUAGGGUUUUUGUUUUGUUGAUGUAUGUAUGACGGGGUUGUAGUGGAGAAAAAAAAAAAGGGUUUCUGAACUAUUGACCCUUUUUUCAUUAGUUUGUUCAAAGUAUAUUUUGAUAUAUGAUUUGCUUUACUUUCAUGUCUUUUCAGUUGA